AUGGAAGAGUGGAGGACAUAUGUAAAUACUAUUCUUAAAGAAGAGCAAGUAGAAGACAUGGCAAUUGUAGGCUAUGUGGACAGCCGCUGUGUAUGGGCCUCAAAGCCUGGUGGUCAUUUGGCUGCGAUCUCAUCCCUGGAGAUUGAAAUUAUCAUUGGACAAGAUCGGAAAGGUUUCUUGCAGACAGGCAUUACCAUAGCUGGGAAAAAAUACUGUGUAAUAAGAGACAACCUGCUGGUCCCGAAUGAUCAUGUGAUGGACUUAAGAUCAAAAGAGAAAGAUUGCUGGUCCAUUUGCAUUGGCAUGUCUCCAAAGCUCCUGAUAUUUUUGAUGGGGAAGAAAGGUGUACAAGGCGGAAUCCUGAACAAAAGAAUGCAUGAUAUCAUCAAGGCCUUAAAAAAGUAG